GCUUGACCAUUGACACGAAAUCUGAGCUAUGACUGUGGUUUGAUUCGCGCAUGAGUUUUGAGGAUGUGAGACUGCAGCUUGCGGACAAGGACUUUUUCUUCACCAUGGUUUUGUAAACAGCGGGUGAAAUAUAUGAGGAUAAUCCCGCAAGUUUACAGGAUCCACACAGCCCCACCGCUGGCCCCGUCGGCACGGUAACUUGGUACAGAAGCAGGGCUCUUCUGCUAGCUGCCACACCAGCUAACUCCAGAUUUUGUCACCUGUCUUCCUGGUGCUGAGAGGUUUCUGGUCACAGGCACUACAGCUGAGUUGUUUUUUAUCAAUCCCCUGAAGACCACCAUCACCUCUGUCCUGGCUUCCUGAUUAUGUGAAAGUGUGUCAACCACAUACAUAUUCUCAGAAAGUGCAGUCAAAGAUAGAAGUCAAGAUGUCCAUCACCAACACACCUACCAGCAACGACGCCUGCCUGAGCAUCGUGCACAGCCUGAUGUGCCACAGACAGGGUGGUGAGAGCGAGACCUUUGCCAAGCGGGCCAUCGAAAGCCUGGUGAAAAAGCUGAAGGAGAAAAAAGACGAGCUGGACUCCCUCAUCACAGCUAUCACCACCAAUGGGGCCCAUCCCAGCAAGUGUGUCACCAUUCAGAGGACGCUUGAUGGACGGCUGCAGGUGGCUGGGCGUAAAGGCUUCCCUCAUGUUAUCUAUGCCCGGCUGUGGCGGUGGCCUGACCUGCAUAAGAAUGAACUGAAGCACGUCAAAUACUGCCAGUUUGCCUUUGACCUCAAGUGUGACAAUGUGUGUGUCAACCCCUAUCACUAUGAGAGAGUGGUGUCACCUGGAAUAGAUUUAUCAGGUCUGACACUGACCAGUUCUGGACCCAGCUCAGCACUGAUGGUUAAGGAUGAGUAUGAUUUUGAUGGGCCACAGAGUCUGCCUUCCAUCGAGGGAGGGCACUCCAUCCAGACAAUCCAGCACCCCCCGUCCGGUAGCCGCCCAGCCCCGUCUGAGUCAUUUGCCAGCCCAAACCUGCUCCCACCUGCUGAGGCCUCCACUUCUGCUUCAACAUCGUCUUUCCCUGCCAUCGCUGCAGGAUCAGGCAGUGCCAGCUCAACCUGGUCCAGGAACAGCAGCUUCACCCCCAACAUACCCCACCACACUAACGGUCAUCUACAGCACCACCCUCCUAUGCCACAUCCUACACACUACUGGCCCGUGCAUAAUGAGCUCGCCUUUCAACCGCCUAUAUCCAAUCAUCCAGCUCCUGACUACUGGUGCUCCAUUGCCUAUUUUGAGAUGGACGUUCAAGUUGGGGAGACGUUUAAGGUGCCCUCCUCUUGCCCCAUAGUUACAGUGGACGGAUAUGUUGACCCCUCAGGAGGAGACAGGUUCUGUUUGGGCCAGCUCAGCAACGUACAUCGCACUGAGGCUAUUGAGAGAGCAAGACUUCACAUUGGCAAGGGGGUUCAGCUGGAGUGUAAGGGCGAGGGAGAUGUGUGGGUGCGAUGCCUCAGUGACCACGCAGUGUUUGUUCAGAGUUACUACCUGGACAGAGAGGCAGGCCGAGCCCCUGGAGACGCUGUUCACAAAAUCUACCCUAGCGCUUACAUCAAGGUGUUUGACCUCCGUCAGUGCCACAGACAGAUGCAACAGCAGGCUGCUACAGCUCAAGCAGCAGCUGCAGCACAAGCAGCUGCUGUGGCUGGAAAUAUACCUGGGCCUGGAUCAGUAGGAGGGAUCGCUCCAGCUAUUAGUCUGUCAGCAGCAGCCGGUAUUGGGGUAGACGACCUCCGGAGGCUGUGUAUUCUCAGGAUGAGUUUCGUUAAGGGCUGGGGGCCCGACUACCCUCGCCAGAGCAUCAAGGAGACCCCCUGCUGGAUCGAGAUCCACCUGCACAGAGCCCUGCAGCUACUGGACGAGGUUCUGCACACUAUGCCUAUAGCAGAUCCACAGCCUCUGGACUGAGGUCUUUACAGCUGCAGCAUCACACUGCAACAUAUAGUUGCAGUGUGAAAGUCUUCCUCAGUGAACUGUUUUGCAUGGAAAGGCCAGUGAAACAGCUGGUGACACUGAAGCUGUACCACAUGGAAAAUACUUUCAGGUGUGUUUGAGGCACCUUUGUGCACUGUGGCCCCUACUUUUACUUUCUGAGCAAGAGUGACACUAAAAUGAGCCAAAGCCAUAUAUUAAAGAUAUAUUUGUCUAUAUGUUUAAUAAAUGGCUUUGAUUUGUGAUGACUAGAAUGAUGAACUGUAGGACUAGAAAAAGACGUCACAUAUAACUACAGUUAUAAAGCACCACAACAUACACAUAGAUGACCUGCAGAUCCCAUGAAACUGGAAUGUACACCAACCACUUGGCGUCCCCAGAGUCCACAACCACCAACUACUGACACGUUAGAUUCACCGAACAAUACAAGGACAUCUGAGCGCCCUGCGGCAGUCGGGGUGAGAUGCUGUGCAGAAAGGCUCUCAUGUCCACUGUCUGGGCACCAGAGCACUGCUGGUUUUCUGCUGUGUCAGUUUUCAUUGAAGCUGAUAACAGGACUGCUUUACACCUGGGAUGACGAGCAGGUUCAGUCAGCUGUCAGGCUGAGUAGAAAAGCAGCAGCACUCUGAGCACGACACCAUGCUGAUCCCUGCCUCUCAGCCACUGAACAGGACUGGGGACCACCCCUCUGGAUCCGGUCAUGCUAGACAUUCACAGCCAUCCACGAAUAUCACAGAGAAUGAAAAGACACACAGACUGUGGACUAUUGUUGGUCAGACAUUGUCAAACUACAGGUUUGGACCUAAGAGGCUGGCUGUGGAUUUGGUGGGUGUCUGAGGACAAAUCUUUUUUUCCCCACCCCCUUCUCAAAUCUCAAACAAUAUUUUGGACUGAAGGUUGAGCCGCAGUUGAAGUCAGACAAUAAUGUCCUCCACACCUCUCAGCUACACUAAUGCAGGUUUUUUAGGGGUGCUAUGACAUCGUUGCAUCCUACCCAUUGAUAAUACAAUAUAUCUGUUUUCACUGACUUACAGUGAUUAUAUCAAUUCUCCACUCCUUCAAAUAACCAUAAGUGAUGACAAGAUGCUCAUUGAAGUGUUCAUCCAUCACUGGUGACUCUCCACCAUGGUCGCCUCCAUCUGUUUCAGGUAUGUUUAUUGUUUUGGAGAACGCCCUCUUUUAUGCUGCCACAAAGAAUGAAUCUCAUACAGCUACUGGAAACUGUUUGCCUUUUUUCACUUUAACACUGAGAGUGAAAAACAGCUGCCUUUGGUUCAGUAAGAUUGGAGCAAGAAAGCAGAGAAGAGGAGGACAGUUGAUGUUCGGUGUCUGAGAUUUAAUCACAGGUCAAUGAACAGGGUUUAUCAAAGUUUUGGCAAACCAAAGUACUAAUUGCUCAGAAACAUGCUGUGAGUGUGGUAUGAUCAUGAGAGUGAGAUGUCCAGUCAGCUGCUGGACUUUGCCCCUGUUACUUUAAUUUUCAGGUUCCUUUAAUUGAUUUUAAUAUUAAUUUUACUCUUUUUUUUUUUUCUCCAAGCAUACCCGACACUCUCCAGUUGAGAAUCUUUGUACUAAAAUAUGUUAUGACUUGCAGCCCACUUAUAUACUACUUGAUCCAGGUCUCUUGUGUAUAGUUUACAAAGAUAAGAGAAUUUAAGACAGUUUCCCAGCAAUAUUGAUAUAUUUUCUUGAUUUUAUUUUGUUACUUUUAUUAAUUGAUUUGUAUUAUAUUUUUAGCACUUUACUUUUUUCCUCGUUUUUAAUUCAGUAACCCUUAUUGUGAGGUGGUUGUCCUGCGAUAUGAAUAAGGGAGUCAGUAGGCUGGUUUAUAUUUGAUGUAGGAUUGUGAGCAGAGGCAACAUUGUGAUGCAUUUGUAUUGAAAACAUAUGUAACACUAAGACACCUUUUUAAAAUCUGCUUUUGCCCUUUCACUCUGUAGGCAUUUACACAUCCGUAGGGUUUCUUUUGGCUGUUCUGAGUUGCAGUCCUUCUCUUUUUGAUUGCAGUUUUUUUUUUCUUUUUAAUCCAUGUAAAUAACUUUGUUUUGAAACGCAUGUCAAUGUUUGCAUGUUUUUUAAUGGCAAAUAGACCCCUUUAUCCUGACCCCCCUUUUUAAAAUGGAGUACUUCUUUUGCCCUGCAUUACACAGGGGGACUGGACUAUCUGAGGAGAGUAGAAACCAGUGCCUGCUGUAUACUGGUGUGUUGUGUGUUCCUGGUUUAUGAGAACAGCAUUAAAGGCACACAGGGGGAAAUAACUGUCAUAACUGAUGUAAAUUAACUAAUUUAAUGAUAUAAACGCAUCAUUUUAGCAGCUAAGCUCCUAAAGAAGGCAGCUUGUCUUCCAAGACCUAAUUUUGUACAAAUGCAGCAACUCAUCAGUUAUUAGUGUGCAGCCUGCGUUUGGAGGUAAAAUGAGUACAAGCAUAUUUUCUCUCUCGCAGGUGUUGAAACAGGUGAAGGUAGUUUGAGGCACAGAAAUCAUUUGAUUUAGACACGAGUCCCCUCUGCCCCGUCCUGCAUGUGAUACAACUGUUACUCUGUUUUUAAAGGCAUUUGUUAUAGAUUACACAUACAGUGGCAUGAGGAAGUUUGGGCACCCUCGGUCAAAAUUUCUGUUACUGUGAUCAACUAAGUGAGUAAGAGAUUACCUCAUUUCCAGAAUGCAUUAGGUUAAAGAUGACAGAUUCUUCAUUGUUUUAAGCAAGAUUGCCCUUUUAUUUCCAUCUUUUACAGUUUUAAAAUAACAUAAAAGGAAAAGGGCCAGAAGCAAACAUUUGGGCAGCUGCACAGUCAAUACUUAAUAGCACCCCCUUUGGCAAGUAUCACAACUUGUAAACACUUUGUUUGCCAGUUAAGAGUCUUUCAGUUCUUGUUUGGGGGAUUUUUGUCCAUUGUUUCUUGCAAAAGGCUUCUAGUGCACUGCUCUUUUCAGGUCUAUCCACAGAAUUUCAAUGAUGUUUAGGGCGGGGGACCGUGAGGGCCAUGGCAAAACCUUCAGCUUGAUCCUCGUGGUAGUCCAUAGUGGAUUUUGAGGUGUGUUGAUUUGCCUUUCUUGCAAACCUACGAGCAGUUCUCUCAGAGAGCGUUCUUGUUCAAAUUGACCUCCUCCUUGACUGUUCCUGUUAACUGCCUUUUCUUAGUUACAUUAUGAACUAAAGAACAGCUACAUGUAAACGCUUUUCUGUCUUCCUUUAGCCUUCUCCUGCUGUGCUGGCAUCAGUUAUUUCUCUUUUCAGAGUGCUAGGCAGCCAUGGGCUCCUCUAAGCGGAGCCCAUGGCUGCUGAUUGUUACAAGCAAGCCAGAAAGCUGAUUAAGGUAAAAGUUAUCUGAGAGCUCAAAUCUCUUGGAGUGUAAACUUUUUUCUUUUUUUUUUUUAACACUUAACUAUUUACACUAUCAGAAAUUUUGACCAGGGGUGCUCAAACUUUUGCUUCCACUGUAUUCAUUUGGAUCCACAUUUCAUUUACUCGCAAACUUCUGUUCCUGGUUGUUGUUGUUUUUUUUCACACCAAACUGUGAGAUGGAAUAUUAUUUUCUGGUAAUCUUGUUAAAUUCUUAAAAUGAAUUUGCAUUUAUGUUCCAGUUUUUUUCAUGCUGUCUUUGUAACAGCUGAAAUAGAAAAAGACAAAUUGUAUUUGUUCAAGGUUUAGUUGAAUUUGGGGUCUGUUUGUCACAGGAAAUGAUCCACUUUGCUAUUCAUUUGCUUUGCCCCUCUUUGCAUCCCAUCUUUGAUUAUUUCACUAUAAUUUGAAUGGUAUUUUCAAAAAAAAGUUUUUCCUACGUCAGGGAUUGAAAGAGUCCAACUUUGGGAUUUAUUCACAUGAUUAUGCAUCUGAUUGAUUGAAUGGCAGGAAACAGAAGAUUUUAUGAUUAUAUGUUUAACUGAAAGAAGUGAUUCUGAGUUCUGAGUUCUGAGAAAUAUGUUAUAUUCUGUUGUGCUUAAAGGUGGACAGAUGUUUUUAUAUUACUUGCAGUUAUUAUAGGAGCCUAAAGACACAGCUCAAUUGAGUUGAUGUUGACUACUAUGACAGAUUGCAGAUAUAAAUUUUACCUGUAUUUCUUAUGUGAGAGUCUGUAAUUAAACAUGGAGUGGUAUU